AUGGACACGUUGUUAGCUAGGUCCCUCCGCCCGAGACAGGGUCACUUUCAUAUCACGAGCAUCAAAGACGCUGCGGGUAAGCGUUGUACGGAUCCCACGGAUAUCGCGUCGGUAUUCACAGCAUAUUACUCCGACUUAUAUAACCAUUCUGGAGUAGUAGACGGGGAACGACAACAGCGUGAGAUCGGGGAAGCAAGAGCUUUCCUUGAUCGAUUGGCCUUACCAAAACUAGAGGGCGGCGAUGUACUUUCCUUGGGGGCUCAAAUCACGGCCGACGAAAUAGACGCGGCAAUUUCAUCCUUGAAGGGCAAUAAAGCCCCAGGCCCGGAUGGCUUUGAGGGUGGUUAUUACAAGUUGUUCCGAGAGGAACUGGUACCGCAUCUUGAGACGUUGUUUAACGACUUGAUGAAUGGGGGUGUUCCGGACAGAGACAUGUCGCUGGCCGACGUAAUCCUGAUACCAAAGCCGGGCAGAGACGACUCACUCCCUGAGAAUUAUAGACCGAUCUCAUUGAUAAACCACGACUCUAAAAUUCUAGCCAAGAUUUUAGCGACCCGCCUGAACCCCUAUUUAAAUCGGCUGAUCCAUCCGGACCAGGUGAGAUGCACUGAUGAAAUUCACGGUAUCUCGGUGGGGGACCAGAGAUAUGUUGUGUCUGCGUUCGCCGACGAUGUUCUGCUGACUCUGACGGAACCGACGGAGUCAAUGGACGCGCUGGCAGUAGUCCUAGAGACAUACGGUGAAAUAGCUGGAUACAAGGUGAAUCUGCCUAAGUCGUGCGCCUUACCUAUAAGUAUGAGUGAGUCUGAUAUCGCUCGAAUAGGAAAUAACCACAAUAUUCGUAUUGAAAGGCAUCACAUUAAAUACCUGGGGAUACACCUGACGGCAGACCCCGCCCAGCUAUUUCAGCAGAAUUACACUCCCAUGAUUCGCACUCUUAUCUCGGAUAUGGAACGAUGGCAGGAUAAACCAAUCUCCUGGAUUGGCAGAAUCCACUCGGUAAAAAUGAAUAUCCUCCCCAGAAUUUUAUUCCUGUUCCAGGCUCUCCCAGUUCGACUCACCAAGUCUGACUUGGGCCCGCUUCAACAAGCCACAGGGAAAUUUAUCUGGCAAAACAGGAAGCAUAGAGUUUCCCGUAAUAUCCUCUAUAGAACAAAAUCUAGGGGGGGCCUAGGAUUGCCAAAUUUCAAUUUUUAUUACUUGGCGGCCCAACUCGUGCAGAUAGCAUAUUGGCACACCCCUCCAGAUGAACGGAGAUGGGUUGACCUUGAGUCAUCCCUAAUGGGACCUGAUAAGCCACAAUUCCUUAUGUGGGUUCCCCGUGAACAUAGACCGACAACACGAAUUGAAUGCCCGGCCAUAGCAAAUUCGAUGAAGAUAUGGGACAUUGCAUCGGUCAAAUACGGGUUGUCCUCUCGGACAUCCCCAUUGACCCCUUACCUCAGAAACAAAGCUUUCCCCCCUGGACUAUACGCCAGGGACUUCAUAGGAAUAGAGGGAACGGGUGUCCAACGCCUUUGCCAACUCUAUGAAGGUGGGUCACUGCUUCAGUUUGAGGAUUUAAUGGCCAGGGCAGAUCUUCGCCCUUCUGACUUCUUUCGCUUUGUACAACUCAGGAACUUUGCACAGGCCCCGAGCAAUAAAUCUAGUGCGUUGCAACCGCUUACCUUCUUCGAGGCUAUGUGCCUUAGGGCACAGUUCCCGAGGAGCCUUAAAACAGCUUUAUAUGCACAAAUGAGCACCUCCACGUCGGAAUGGGGGGACCUUACGUACAUAGCCCAAUGGGAGGCAGAUCUUGGUGAAGAAUUAGAGGGGGUGGAUUGGCAGGAGAUAUGGGAAGCUGCCGCAGCCUUGUCUAUUUGUGUUUCAAUACAGGAGCAAGCAUAUAAGACCAUGUUUAGGUGGUAUACCACCCCGGUGCAGUUGUGCAGGAUGAACAGAAUAUCCACUGAUUUAUGCUGGAGAGGCUGCGGUCACAAGGGGACUUACCUACACAUGUGGUGGGAAUGCCCUCGGAUCACGCCACUCUGGAAGGAAGUGGCGAACUUACUGAAGGAUAUCUUCGGUAAGGAGAUAGACCUGGACCCAUGGGUCUUCCUUCUGGCCAGACCUCUUGAGGGCUGGACCAGGACGGAACUGAAAUUGCUGAAUAAUGUAAACCUGGCGGCGAGGCGGACAAUGGCCCAGACGACCACCGAUCUCUUUAAUUGGAAGACCCAUAACUCCUCUUACACCGAAAAGCCUCAAGCCAUGACGGAUCUGUCUACUUCAAUAGUCCAGACACACAAUCCCACUUGGGCUGAUUGCCAGCAAUUAUUAAUGACAUUGUUUAAUAACGAGGAAAGGACUAGGAUAAAUCAAGCGGCAAUUAAAGCGCUGGAAGAAGAGGCCCGUACACAAAAUCAGGCCAACCCAGCAGCAUGGGCCACAGCACAUUAUCCAAAUGCCGAUCCAAAUUGGAAUGUCAAUGGCGCAGACUUGGUUCAUCUAAAAGCUUAUAGGGACGCUAUUAUUGCUGGCAUGAAAGCUGGAGGAAAGAAGGCGAUUAACAUGUCUAAGACGGCUGAGGUAUUGCAGAAAUGUGAUGAAUCGCCCAGUGUCUUUGAUGACCGAUUAUUGGAGGCAUACCGAUUGUAUACCCCCUUUUAUAUGCCUGAAUGUCCAGUUCAACUGCUAGGACGUGAUUUGUUGUCAAAACUACAAGCGCAGAUAACGUUUCUACAAAAUGGAACAACAUCUUUAAAGUUCAAGGGACCUUCAGGUAUAAUGACAAUAUCUGUACCAAAGGAAGAAGAGUGGCGACUUUAUACAGCGUUGACUAGCCAAAACCCUAAGAGUGAUGAAUCCUUGUUUAAUAUACCAGGAGUGUGGGCAGAGAACAACCCACCAGGACUUGCUCGCAAUAUCCCACCAAUUCGAAUCGAACUGAAACUUGGGGUCUAUCCAGUGAGCUUAAGGCAAUAUCAUAUCCCACAAAAGGCCAAGAAGAAUAUACAAUCAUAUUUGGAUAAGUUCAUACGGUAUGGUAUCCUAAAAUUCUGUACUUCCCCCUGGAACACCCCAUUGCUGCCUGUUCAAAAGCCCGGUACAGAUGAGUAUCGCCCUGUGCAGGACUUGAGAGCAGUCAAUGAUGCGGUCGUAAGUAUACACCCAGUUGUGCCCAAUCCAUAUAACCUGCUUGCUUUAAUUCCGGGCGGGGCUACCUAUUUCACUGUCUUAGAUCUCAAAGAUGCCUUCUUUUGCCUUCGAAUUGCUGCGGAAAGCCAGUGUAUCUUCGCAUUCCAAUGGGAAAAUGCUGUAACGGGCUCGAAACGCCAGAUGACUUGGACAAGACUGCCCCAAGGGUUUAAAAAUUCACCUACCCUAUUUGGAUCAGCUUUAAGUCAAGACUUACUGGAUUUCAAGUCCAUCCCAGGAGAGUGUGUACUAUUGCAAUAUGUAGAUGAUUUGUUGAUAGCGGCAGUUACUAGAGAAAUAUGUCAGCAAGCAACACAUGAUCUACUACACAUUCUCUGGAAGGCAGGAUACAAGGUGUCCAGGAAGAAAGCUCAGUUGUGUCAGCCAACUGUCAAGUAUCUGGGAUUCCAUAUCUCUGAAGGUCAAAGAAUAAUGGGACCAGAGAGAAAAGAAGCUGUAUGCCAAAUACCAAUACCCAAGAAUAGAAGACAAGUGCGGGAAUUCUUGGGGGCAGCAGGCUUCUGUAGGAUAUGGAUUCCCAGUUAUGCGAUAUUGGCGAAACCUCUUUAUGCAGCUAUAAAAGGUACAGAACACGAUCCCUUCCUGUGGACACCAGAACAGCAAAAGGCAUUUGAAGAUGUGAAGAAGGCUUUGAUGAGUGCCCCAGCAUUAGGUCUACCUGAUCAUACACGUCCAUUCUACUUAUAUGUACACGAGCAAAGAAGAAUGGCUGUGGGAGUAUUGACACAGUACUUGGGAUCAUGGCAAAGACCUGUUGCAUAUAUGUCAAAACAACUGGAUGCAGUGGCCAGUGGUCUUCCACCUUGUCUAAGAGCCGUAGCUGCCACCGCCCUGCUGGUAGCUGAAGCCGAUAAACUCACUCUGGGUCAAGAACUCUAUGUGCGAGUCCCGCACGCAGUACAGACGUUGCUAGACUAUAAAGGCAAUCAUUGGUUUAGUAACAGCCGCAUGACUAAGUAUCAAGCUAUGUUGUGUGAAAACCCAAGAGUGCAUUUAGAGACUGUUAACACUUUAAAUCCAGCUACCCUUUUGCCACAACCUACUGAAAGUCAACAUGAUUGCCUGGAGGUGAUGGAUGAAGUAUUCUCAAGUAGACCAGAUCUUCGUGAUUUUCCCAUCCAGAACCCUGAUGUCCAGUACUAUACGGACGGCAGUAGUUAUGUGAAAGAAGGGAUUCGCUAUGCAGGAUAUGCAGUAACAACCAUAGACAAGGUGAUAGAAGCACGGGCAUUGUCAAAAGGAACAUCGGCACAGAAGGCAGAACUAAUUGCACUAACACGAGCGUUACAAUUGGCUGAAGGUUUAAGAGUGAACAUCUACACGGACUCCAAGUAUGCGUUUUUAACCACUCAUGCCCACGGAGCUUUGUAUAAAGAAAGAGGACUAUUGAAUUCAGAGGGUAAAGAAAUUAAGUACGCAGCUGAAAUAUUACAACUACUGGAAGCCGUGUGGGAACCAAAAGAAGUUGGUAUUAUACAUUGUCGGGCGCAUCUGAAAGGAGAUGGUGAUGUAACCAAAGGAAAUCGUAUGGCAGAUAAUGCAGCUAAGCGUGUCAAUCAUGAAACUGAGGAAAGAACAUUUCUUCCAAAUUCAGUAGCCAUUCUGGACCUCACAUCCAAGGCAUAA